AUGUUUAGCAAAUCGUCGCUGUGCCGUGGCGCCUGUGUGGAGGUGGACUCGGAGAGUGAGGCGGUGGUCACGGAGGGCUUCAAACUGGGAUGUAUCUCCUGCAAGAGGAGAGGGGAGGUGCCCGCCGUGGCCUCCGUGGAGUGGUUCUUCAUGGGGUCAGACGAGUCCGAUUACGCCCCUCUGUACGCGUACGAGGACAAACAGGGCAGCGUCAUUGACCCGCGCUUCUACGAGCGUCUGGACUGGGACGGGAGCAAAGGGACCCGGGACGUGCAGGACGGGUCCCUGUACAUCCUGAACGUCACCUACAACGACACCGGGACGUACCGCUGCGUGUUCCAGAGGACGCUCAUCUACUCCAACUACGAGGUCCAGGUCAACGCCAGCAAGACGGUGCAGCUGAAGGUGGUGCCCAAACUGACCAGGGGGAUGGCGUCCAUCCUGUCGGAGGUGAUGAUGUACGUGACCAUCAUCGGGCUGCAGUUCUGGCUGUUGGUGGAGAUGAUAUACUGCUAUAGGAAGAUCGCAGCGGCCGGAGAGGAGGCGCUGAGGGAGAGCGCGGCUGAGUAUUUAGCCAUAGCGUCGGAAAGCAAAGACAAUUGUACAGAGGAGCAGGAGGCGGAAUAG